AUUGUAGCAUCUAUGUAGGAAUGGCUAUGGCAGUCAACAAUGUUAAUAUUGCAUAUUAGAUAUGGUAGCAUAAUUGUGUUUUUUUUUUAAUAAGUAAAAAUUCAUUUUAAAAUGUAUGCUUAUUUGUUUAUAGGUUAUGAAAUAAAUAACGAUAAUAUCAUAAACACAAGUCGUCGUCAAUUAAAAACUACAGCUUCAGUUUCAUUAACUGAAAAUUUAAGACCUACCUUAAAGCUACAAGGUAAACCUGAUACUUUAGAUAGUUUUGAUAGUAAUGGUAACAUUUAAGGUUUUAUAGAUGAGAUACUAUCAAAAAUUUGAUACAUUUUUAAUAAUUACUUUGUUAUUUUUAUAAAUUAUUAAUAGAUAUCAAUAUUGAUUAUGAGAAAAACAACUCUAGUUCCUCUAGCUGUGAACUAUUGGAACACAAUGUUUUAGCACGAGAAGAUUCCAAUGAUUCAAAAUGUAGUUCAGCUUAUAAUCAGUCAAGUACGAUAAUGAUCUAUUUUAUAAGUAUUUAAUUUUUAAAUAAGAAAUCAUUUUUAAUUAACUUGUAUUAUGAGUUUUUUAUUUUUCAUUUUGUGUGAAUAUUUCAAAUAAUAGAAAUUUCGCCAUAAUCUAAAAAGACUAGCUUAUUUUGCAGUAUUUUGGAACUAGUUUGUGUAUUGAGGUUAUUUUUUUGACAUCUGCUGAUAAACAUGAAACAAUAGUCUUCUCUAACAUACAUCCUCCUGCCUCCCUCUUCAAAACCUUUUAUUUUGGAUUUAUUACAUAAUCGCCAAAUUCGAAAAAAAUAAUUUAAGAAAACAUAGGUUACAUCGGAACAAUGAAAGUUAUAGAGAAUCUACAAAUACAGAUGUAUUUCGAAGAAGUCCCAGAAUCCAGUGAUAACAAUCCUACUUAUCCUAGACACUUCGUUGGAGCACAAUUCAUGUAUUCGGGGAACUUUUUGAUCUCACUACCUACACAUGAACUAUUUUUCCAUGUAGUCCCCACCCCUUUCAAAGCAUGUUAUGAUGUGGUGAGGGAACAAUAAUUGUUUGCUUUGGUCAAAGAACUCUGCCGCCACCGCUUUUGCUAGAAAUGGCACUAGAUAAAAUACUGGUACUUGGAAAUAACAUUAUUAAAGUAUCCUGGUAGUUAAUACCACCGUUAGUUUCUAUAUUAUUGGUAUUUACUGUAAUUUCCGUAUCAUCAAUAUCACAAUAAUUAAUGUAUGCACGUAAAUAGGGUCCUGAAAUACAAAAAUCUUGAGUUUUUUUUUUUUUUUAGUAUUUUGCUACUAGUUUGUGUAUCUCAAUACACAAAAAGUAACCUUAGUUUUUUUUUGACAUCUGCUGUUUUCCUAGUAAUUAGGAAAUAAUAAAUUUUAAAAACGGACAAAUUUUUAUGGUUACAAAAGUUUCAUGAUUAAAAAUUUUUGUUCAUUUUUGUUUUACCAAAAGAAACCUUGCCCAGUAUUUCAAAAGGGGAUUUAGUAGGUUGUGUUGGAGUUAAUUUACUUUUUUUAAAUGGUUCAUUUCAUAAUCACUCCCGAAAUUGCCAUUAAAUUUGUUAGUAUAAUGGAUUAUUUUUAUCAUAUUGGAGAUGUUGGCAUUUCAAUAACUCAGAACCAUUUAUUUUUGUUCGUAAUAAAUUUUCUUUACCUUCACAAAAGUUUAACUGAAUUCUGACAUCAUCGUAGAAUAUGCCAAAUGUUUCUUUCAGUCUAUUUUUUGUAAAAAUAAUUUAAACUCAUAGUUAACUUCUUUAACUAAUCCGAGCCAUGUUUUCAGUCACAUUAAAAUGUUGGAACUAAAAACCUUUUGUUAUUACUGUAUGAUAGUAUUGUAUUAUCUUGGAUUAAAUUUUGCUUGAAAUGCAUAUGAUGUUUGCAUAUCUUGAUGUAAGUUAUGUAGAAUUAUAUUCGAGUCUAAUUUUGAGAUUUGAAAGUACUGGGGCUGUUCAAGUUCUCAAAUUGAAACAAUUAUUUUAUAUUUUGAUGUUAUUUUAAUUCUUUUAAUUAUAAUAUUGCUAAAAUGAAAGAGUAUAAAGAGAUCGAUGUUUUCAAUUUCUAUCCUAUAAUCAAAAUAUUUAUCAAAUUUUAAAUUGUACUAUUAAAUGUUUUUAAAUAUCAUUCACAAAAGGUCCAUUCAAAAGUAUUUCAAAAUUUGAAUCGCCAUUUUUGUUAAAGUUUGUAGAAGCGGUUUUAUCUUUCGACUAGAGAUGUCUGCAUUUCUUCUUAAUUAUGGUUAUGUUUAGUCAUUGAAUGCAAUACUAUUUCUCAAUGAGUCCAAUAGGUUUAAAUUCAUAAAAACAGCGAAUGUUUUACAGUUCCCGAUACACAGACUCCAUGUAUUGUUUGGAGUAUAGCAUGCACUAAACAAAUCAUAAUCAUUUUUGUAAGCAGAUAUUAACUCUUAACCGGUAUCUGUAUCAAAAAGGACUAACUCAAGGAUAAACCUUAACUCUUUGGGACACCAAUUUAUUGGUUUUAUUAAACUCGCCAUUACCAAUAGUGAAAUAAUAAUUCAAAUAAAUUUAAAACGUGAGAAGUAAUGGUAUUUGAUUGUAUUUUCUUUUCAUUUAAUCAUUAUUCACUAAUAAAAAGUUAAGAGAGAUAAAUUUUAAAAUUUAAACUACAGAUAGUUUGUAGAUUUGAGACAUUGAAAGUUGAGAUAUUAAAAAAAAAUGUUUUUGAUGAAACAAUUUAAAUCUAGCACUACUUUUGAAUAAUCCUUUAACACGAUCAUUUUUAAUUUUUUUUCAUUUAACACAUUUACAAGUAAAAACUGGGCAAUUAAGUUGUGAUUGCCUCUCUUAAAUAUGUUUUUGAGUUCUUAUUAAUAUAUUUGUUUAUGGUUACAGAGAAUGAUCGAAUUGCAAAGAAAUUGAAUGCUACAAGAAAUAAAAAAAAAUUAGUGAAAAAUAAAUCUAAUGACUCAGUAAAUGAUUCCAUGAGGAAGAAAUCACGUGAGUAAAUUUUGAGUAAUAAUUAAAAUGGUACACGGAAAUUCACCGUGUGAUAGAUUUGUGAAAUGAUUUGAAUUCUGAGGGUUCUACUUCUAUUGUUACAUGUUCUUUUUUUUAUACUCAUUUAAUAUGAUAUGGUUAUUGCGCUAUUUCCAGUAAAGCGAAUAUUUAUUCCUAAUGAAAUUUUGGGUCGUAGCAUUUGUUGAUCAAGAGCCCACUCUAAAAAGUAUCGUUUAUGAUUUAGCGUCUGCCCGAGAGACGUGGCUCAUGGUACGGUUUUCAAACUGCGACUGUCGUUGCGGAUUUUGUAUAACACACUAGUUUUCCUCACUUUUUAAAAUAACAGCUCAUGGUCAUUUGUAGUGAAUCUAGAUUUCGUCAUUUUCGAUAUUUUUCGAUUGAAUAAAUUAAUUUAUACAAAUAUAAUUUAAAUUCGUUCAGAAUAAAAUCGCAAUGCGAUGCACGCAAUACAAGAAAUACAUUGAUUCCAGAGCACUACGAUCAUCAAACGCGAAUAUUGUUGACACGCACACGUCGAUUACACAAUGGAAACCAUGAUGAGGCAUUUAUUUUUAAACAAUUCUGAUAAUUUUAUGAUAUUGAUUGGUAUAAAUAGUUUGUGUAGCCAUUGAACUAGCCACAGAUUAUUAUCCUUUUGUUACACAUGGUUCCUUAGAGUGAAAGUUUUUCUGUUGUCAAAUAAGACGGCCACUGCGUGUUGUUUAUUAUUUAUUGUUUUGUUUUAUGCUUAUUUGGUCCACCACUUUGAUCAGAUUAAGAGUAGUUGAAUGUUCUAGCUCAAAUGCGUACUCCUUGUUUCUUAUCUUAUUUGCUACUUCCAUCUAUAGUUCUUUGAGUAUGACCAGUUCAUAAAGUUUUGAUCGAAAUUGACAUGUUUAUAUAAUUCAUGAUUUUCGUCAUGUUUUUUGGUAGGUAGUAGAAAAAUAAAUAGGAAUAAAAUCAUUAAAAAUGUUAGUAAAGGCCAUAAUUUGGCAUUUUUGGAGGUAUUUUAGUGCUGUGUUCAUUCUCGAGGCUGUGCCUGAAGAAUUAUGUUUAGGAAGUCUUACAUUAUCUAGGGUGAAAAUAUUUGAUUUUGUAAUAAUAGUGUUUUGAGUCUUUGGAUGAAAGUGAUGACCUCUAGCAUUUCAAGAUUAGAAUUUUUUGUGAAUUGGUGGUCUAGUUAGUCCGCAAUAAGUUCAACUGUUUUGUCCGCCAACAAAGUCUGUCCAUAUGAUCUAGUUAACAAGUGACAUGCCGAACGGUAUAGUUUUCGCAUGAAUUUCCAAUAAUUAAAGCCAUCGAUAGUUUAAUCUUUGUACUUUGAUAGUCGUUUGUUAGCNUUUUUUUUUUGCAAUCCUGACCGUUUUCACAAUAAUUUAUUAUUAAAAGUUAACCCGACAAUAGAAUCCCUUAUUUAUUUAUACCCUUAUACCAAAUCUUUGACACGUCAGUUAUGUAAAACAGACAUUAGUUCAGAGAGUAAAUUUAUUAUGGUUUUGUCCUUUCACAAAUGCCCCUUGUACAUUUGAAAUAAUGUAUUUAAUAAUAAAACUUUUACAUAGUUACACAGUGGGAUCAAAAAGUUCCCGGAAUACUCGAAUAGCUCGCCAACGCAGUGUUGUGUCCAAAAGCAGUAGGAUUGAUAUCACUGGAUUCUUUGACUUCUUCGGGGCUCAUUUGUAUUUGUAUCAGUCACAACGGAAUAAAGAUAGUUGUAGAGAAAAUACAAAUACAGAUGUACUCCUAAGAAGUCACAGAAUCCAGUGAUAUCACUCCUAGUUAUCUCAUAUACUCUGUUGGAGCACCAUUUAAGUUUUCAGGGAACUUUUUGAUCCCACUACGUACACAUGAACUAUUUUGCCUCUUUGUCAUUAUGGGGGAUAUUAGGUCAUGUGUGCCUUAAUCAAAGAAUUCUGCCGCCACCUCUUUUGGUAGGAAUGCACCUGAAUGAAUACCGGUAGUUGGUAUUACCAGUAUUAAUGUAUACCGGUAAGGUAAAAUUGAUUGUAAAAUGUAUGCUGAUUUGUUUAUAGGUUAUGAAGUAAAUAAUGAUAAUAUCAUAGACACAUGUCGUCGUCAAUUUCAAACAGCUUCAGUUAUAAUAACUGAAAGUUUAAGACCUACCUUAAAGCUACAAGGUAAGCCUGAUACUUUAGUUAAUUUAGAUAGUUAUUGUAGUAUUUAAAUUUUUAUGGAUGAGAAACUAUCAAAAAUUUGAUACAUUUUUAAUAAUUAUUUUGUUAUUUUUGUAAAUUAUUAAUAGAUAUCAAUAUUGAUUAUGAGAAAAACAACUCUAGUUCCUCUAGCUCUAAACUAGUGGAAUACAAUGUAUUGGCACCAGAAUAUUCCAAAGAUACAAAAUGUAGUUCAGCUGAUAAUCAGUCAAGUACGAUAAUGAUCUAUUUCAUUAGUAUUUAAUUUUU